CACCUGUAUCCACAAAGAUUUGGUUUUGCGUGUGAGCACAUGUGUGUUGAGUCGAAGUGCAGCAGUUUGUCAGAGAGAAAUUGUCGGUGAACGGGGAUUUGUUUGCAAGCAUUUUGCUGUACUGUGAAAGCAUGACCUUAUUUUAAAGACGUAUGACAGUAGUUAAAAGCGUUCUGUGGUGUGUGUGUACAUGUGCGUGUGUGUGUGUGCACAGUGUUGAGGGCACAGCAUGGUGGUGCAGUGUUACUCUCUUCCCUCCCGGCGUUUGACUGGAUUGCUUAGCUGCAGUUUGAGGGCAAGGAAGAGUCUCCAGACACACAAACUGACAAAAACCUCAGAGACACCCUCAAGAGGAAGACAUCAGAAGAAACAUAGACAGAGACAGUCAUCAUAAACAGAGAGAGAGAGGCUGGUUCAAUGAGGACAGAAAUAGAAAAAUGAGACAGAAAGACAUGAGAAACCAGGGCAAAGUUGUUCUUGUUAUUUUAUUAUGUUAUUAUCAUAUUGCUGCAAUGAAGCUGAAGCAAAGGGCAUUCAAAUGGAGACAACUGUAGGGAAAAAUAAACAGAAUUAUUUCUACAGGGUUUUUUUUUUAAGUUCUGUCAUUUCUGGUUCAGCAGAUUAUUUCCUCUUUUUAGUCACACUUGUAAGCCUCUCUCCUCUAACCCUCUGUGACACACACUGUAUUCCCUCUUCCCAGUCGGCAACUCUUCAAACGACUCAUCCAGUUCCUAUUUUCCUCCAUCCUUCUCCCUCCAUCUCCAUCCUCUGUCAUAUUUUCAGGUGGUGUCAGACCAACUCUAAGUCUCAGCCCUCCACACACUGAAGCAGGACUGCGCUGCUGUUAUGUCCAAUUUUGACAUAACCCCAGCUUCAUCUCCUCCCUUAAGAAACUGAACAAUCUCAUGCUCCCAUCAUUCCUGCCUGUGAUUUCAGCAGCACCUGGUAGAACGGUUUCUGGACCAGUGACGUCCAGCUUCACGUAGAAUCAACAAAGAAACACAUUCCAGACUUCCCAGAGGAUAAGAAAAAGACUGUCAAGGACUUAUUUGUCUCGGGAGCAGCUCUUGUGGCCUUAGCCAACAACCAUGCAGGUGUCCUUUGCAUGUACAGACCACGGACUGAAGGCCCCACGUAAUGGGGAGCACAGCAAGCAGAACUCCACCAGCCCCAAUACUGCCAGUCAGGCUCGUGCCCGCUUCCGCACCGUGGCCCUGAUAGCUCGCAGCCUGGGCUCCUUCACCCACCGCUACCACCACAACCUGAAGGAGUCCACAGCCAAGCUCACAGGCAUGAAGUACCGGAACCUGGGUAAAUCUGGAUUACGUGUCUCUUGUCUGGGGCUUGGCACGUGGGUAACAUUCGGAGGUCAGAUCUCUGAUGAGGUGGCAGAGCAGCUGAUGACUAUCGCCUAUGAGAGUGGGGUCAACCUGUUCGACACAGCUGAGGUUUACUCCGGAGGCAAAGCAGAGAUAAUCCUGGGGAAUAUCAUCAAGAAAAAGUGCUGGAGGAGAUCCAGCCUGGUGAUCACCACUAAGCUCUACUGGGGAGGAAAAGCAGAGACAGAAAGAGGCCUUAACAGAAAGCACAUUAUCGAAGGUUUAAAGGGCUCCCUCCAGAGAAUGCAACUCGAGUAUGUUGAUGUGGUUUUUGCGAACAGGCCAGACAGCAACACUCCGAUGGAAGAGAUAGUGAGAGCAAUGACACAUGUGAUCAACCAGGGAAUGGCCAUGUACUGGGGGACAUCACGGUGGUCUGCCAUGGAGAUCAUGGAGGCGUACUCUGUGGCCAGGCAGUUUAAUCUAAUUCCACCUGUGUGUGAGCAAGCAGAGUAUCAUUUCUUCCAGAGGGAGAAAGUUGAAACUCAGCUUCCAGAGCUCUACCAUAAGAUAGGCGUGGGCGUGGUCUCUUGGUCCCCUCUGGCAUGUGGAAUCAUUACUGGAAAGUAUGAUAAUGGGAUUCCAGAAUCUUCCAGGGCCUCGAUGAAGCCAUACCAGUGGCUGAGGGAGAAAAUAAUGAGUGAAGAUGGAAGAAAACAACAAGCCAAGCUUAAGGACCUGGCUCACAUCGCAGAGAAGCUUGGCUGUACUUUGCCUCAGCUAGCCAUAGCCUGGUGCCUGAGGAACGAAGGCGUAAGCUCAGUGCUGCUGGGAUCCUCUAAUCCAACACAGCUGACAGAAAACCUGGGAGCAAUCCAAGUUAUUGCAAAGAUGACAGCGGGCAUUGCCACAGAGGUUGACCAUAUUCUGGGAAAUCGUCCUCACAGUAAAAAGGACUACCACCAUUAGGAUGAAUCACCUUUUAGUAAACUAUGCUCCAUAAGCAUAUCAAAGCUCACUUUUCACAGCCAUGGCACUAUAAACUUGUGCCCAACUUUGCUUAAGUGCGCACAAGUGACUGUGUGUGUGUGUGUGUGUGUGUGAGAGAGAGAGAGAGAGAGAUAGAGAGAGAGUGUGUAUAAAGUGUUCCGCUUGGCCGUCCGUAUGAAGUUCAACUCAUUGUUGUAGAGUGGGUUACUUGACAAAGCAUGCAUGCCAGAGCUAUUGCAGCCAACAGUCAGAGAGUCCAGCAAGAUGACUUCUGGAUCAAAAGUCUCCUCCACUCAAAGAAACAUCCACAAAAGCUGCGAAGUAACAACCAUGCUUCUUUUUACUGCAUGAACCAAACGUGUGAAAUAACUAUUCAAUUACUUAAAUUACCUCUGUGAGUAUGGAUGCAUUAAUUAAAGAAAACUUUAGGCCCUCUUUCUGCUGCGAAAAGCUAAUUUUAGUGCAGUCACUACCAAAUAGUUUCUGUAUCACAUCAAAAUAUAUAAAUUUUAGAUGGAGCUUCUCUGCCUGUUGUGAUGAAAGGUUUUCAGGACUGAAAUUCUGCUCACAGCGUUGCCACAUUUUCCAUGAGAGUGAUGAGAUGAAAUAAGAUGGAAAAUGUCUGGAUUGACUGUUACAUAUCUUUCCCUAUGAAGCAGCUAUGUCUGAAUGAGCCGUUAACGUUACUGUGUUUUUUCUACUCAUGCAAAAGUAGAGCAUAUUGUACUUUUCCUUUUGUGCUACUCAACUACUUUUAUUUUGGACUUUGCCAGACUUUUUUCCCCUGCAGUGAUGAUAAUAUCUGAUUUGUUUAAUUCCCGUCUGCAUUGUAAUUAAAUUGUUUGUCUUGUCAAAGUUGAGGAGAAGAUCUUCCUAUGCGGAGUCUGUGAAGCUAAUGAAGUAACAUACAGAAAUGGACACCUGCAGUCGUUGCACAUAGAAAACAUUACAUUCUUACCCAGCGUCUCCCAGUUGUCAGUUUUACGUAAUGGGGUGAUCUUUAUGUUCCUUCUGUUCAAAGGUGUGUUUUGGUGUUGUUCAUCAGAUUUGUACAUACAAAUAAAGAGCUUAUAAUUAUAAUAUGUGUGAAAUACCUGCAGUAAAUGUCAAUACAAUGUAUAUCUUGUUAUUUUUAACCCAGUACAAUAAAUAGACAGACAAACUAGA